CCAUAACAAUCAUAAAAAAAAUACACCAAAAUGACUGACGAUAGAAUUCAUGGAGAUGAUGGUAUGAGCAAGAGGAAACUCGAAGAAUUUUCGUCUAUCUACAAUUUGGACAAUGCUUCAAGUUCUCGGAACCUCUCCGACCUUAAUGGUACCGAAGGCGCGUUUAAGAAAAUAAAACACGAGCCUGGGACGGGAACCAGCGGCUCCGGAAUUGGUGCUGGAAGUUCAAACCCCGCAGCUUGCCCCACGCCUGCAAGACGUCGCCACCGCACCACAUUCACACAGGAACAACUUCAGGAGUUGGAGAAUGCGUUUGCCAAAAGUCACUAUCCGGAUAUCUACUGCCGGGAAGAACUAGCCAGAAUUACCAAACUGAACGAAGCCCGAAUACAGGUAUGGUUCCAGAACAGAAGAGCCAAAUACAGAAAACAAGAGAAACAGUUAGCCAAGUCCCUGUCGCCAGUGAUGAACCCGGCUUGUGGGGCCAUGAUGAAAAAUAUAUACCCCACCACAUCCCGGCCAUACGGGGCUUACCCCACCCCUCCCUCAAUGAACACUAUGUCCAGAUAUCCCCAGAUGAACACGGGCUACUCCCCCGUUGCCCAGUUCUCGAGCAUGUCGGGAAUGUCCACCAGCAAUAUGGCCACGAUGCCGCGACAGGUUCAGCAGUUUCCCAUGACAACCGAUUACAACCUGGAUGCCCACGAAGAUGACUGGUAUAACAAGAGUCUCACGGCCUUGCGAAUGAACAACACACAUCAUGGUCUAUCGAAUCCCGUGCUGCAAUAUCAAGCGUGACUAGAAAGCACGUGCAAUGUAGACCUUGUAUUCUAAAGAAAAAAACCGCCAACAUACGCUGUGUAUUAUAGAAAUUAUAUAGUAUAUAUUUAGUGCUGAAGGGAGAAACUAUGACGAUAUUCGUAUAUUCUAAUGAUAACAUGUAUAUUGUAUUCUGUUCCAAUGAAUGGGAGAAAUUGAAAUCCCGCAUACAUCUAUAUCUAGAUGCCAUGUACAUAUUUAUUCAUUGAUCAUUGACAGUCCUGCUUAUAUAUGUUUAUGGUCUCAGUUUAGUCUUAAAUUGAGAAAAAAAGUUUUGAAAACGAGUAAAACGCGAUGAUUAUUUUCGGUCACAAAGUGAUGGGUAUGUCUCCAUUUGUCUUGUAUUUUGUGGAUAUAUUAAAAACUGUACAACAGUGGUCAUUGCGUACUUUAUAACUUAAAA